AUGGCUAACUACUACUCUCUUUUGAUAACUUGCUUGGCCUUCUUUUCCGUCUUAUUAUUCAACUCAUGCCACAGCUUCAAUCCCAAAGAUUCCAAAGAUUGGGGUUGGGGUUCUCUUGGUUCGGGUAAUCCCCCGACUUAUGGUCCACCCCCGAAUUAUGGUUCGGGUUCAGGUUUGCCACCACCUCCGAGUUAUGGUUCUACCCCUGGGUAUGGUUCGGGCUCGCCACCACCUCCGAGUUACGGUUCGAACCCUGGGUAUGGUUCGGGCUCGCCACCACCUCCGAGUUACGGUUCGAACCCUGGGUAUGGUUCGGGUUCGCCACCACCUCCGAGUUACGAUUUGACCCCACCUCUAUCCCCGAGUUACGGUUCGACCCCACCUACAUCCCCAAGUUACGGUUCGACCCCACCUCCACCCCAAAAUUACGGUUCGAUCCCACCUCCACCCCAGAGUUACGGUUCGACCCCACCUCCAUCCCCGAGUAACGGUUCGGCCCCGAGUUCAGGGUCGGGGGGAUGGGCAACUACCCAAGCAACUUGGUAUGGAGAGAAGACCGGUGCUGGAAGCGACGGUGGUUCGUGCGGGUAUGAAACCGCGGUCGAGAAGCCUCCGUUUUCUUCUCUAAUAACUGCAGCUUCGACUCCUCUCUACAACAAUGGCGAUGGCUGCGGUUUAUGUUACCAGGUACAAUGCACUUCGGAAUAUUGUUCUGGUAAACCGGUGACUGUGGUAAUAACGGAUGAGUGCCCCGGCUGCGGUGGUAAUCACUUGUUCGAUUUAAGCGGCACUUCAUUUCGACAAAUGGCUAAUCCCGGACAAGAACAACAACUUCAAGACAGAGGAAUCAUCAAUGUUCAAUAUCAAUCGGUUCCGUGCAAUUUUCCGGGCACAAAUGUGGCGUUCCGAGUUGACCCGGGCUCCAACUCGAACUAUCUCGCGGUGGCCAUCGAAUACGAAGAUGGCGAUGGGCUGACAGGUGUCGCCGUGAGGAAGUCCAACACGAAUGGUGAUUGGCUCCCGAUGACUUUGUCUUGGGGUGCCGUGUGGAAGGCUAACCUCAAUGGGAUUUCGCCACCGUUUUCCUUCAAGUUGACCGACUCCUCGAAAACCGUGGUGGCCGAAAACGUUAUUCCGGCUGAUUAUAGCUUCACGACCUACACUUCCAACGUCAAUUUUUGACGGUUCAACUAUUGGCUCGUUUAGUAUGAAUAAAUUAAUUACUUUGUAUGGUGGUAACCACCCCUAAAGGUAUUUUGUUAUUUGGGACACAAUUUUUUUGUAUCUCGAAAGUGAAAUACUGAUGAGUGGUGUAGCAAAAGAGCUAGUUAAAUAAACGUUGUAGAAUGUACGUAGAGAGGACCUAUUUCAUGGUCAACUCUCGAGACUUUCUUCCCUAAUAAUAAAUAAAGCUGGUUGUUGUUUUAUGUUAUGGUAUAUUGUGAAAAUUAUGAUUAUGGUUUUGUACCAAUAUAAUCCGCUGCCUAUUUGAAUUGGAUUUUUAAAUAUCUAGAUGUCUACAAUAGUAUUUGGAUUAGAAAAGGCAGUCAAUGAGUACCAAAAAGUCCAAUCUCUGGAAUUGUGUAAAAAGUUGGAAUGAUUUGAUUCGGAGAUGAUUAUUUUUCGGUUCGAUUCGG